AUGGAUACGAAUUGCUUAAGGGAAAUAGAAGGGAAAGCCGCGCACGAUAGACCUCGCCGCUGCGUUUGGGUCCCGGGCCCCGUGAUCGUCGGCGCUGGCCCGUCGGGCCUCGCGGCCGCGGCUUGCCUGAAGGAAAAGGGGAUACCGUCGGUGGUAUUAGAGAGAUCGAGCUGCAUCGCGUCCCUUUGGCAGCUGAAGACUUACGACCGUCUGAAACUCCACUUGCCCAAGCAAUUCUGCGAACUUCCGUUAAUGCCCUUCCCGGAGGAUUUCCCGAAUUACCCUUCCAAGCAGCAGUUUGUUGGGUACUUGGAAGAGUACGCGGACCGGUUCGAGAUCCGGCCCGAAUUCAAUAGGCGGGUGGUGCGGGCCGAGAUUGACCCGGCUAUUGGGAUGUGGCGCGUGGAGACGGAGGAGGUGGAGUAUGUUUGCCGGUGGGUGGUGGUGGCGACGGGGGAGAACGCGGAGGCGGUGGUGCCGGAGAUUGAGGGGGCGGCGGAGUUUGGUGGGGAAGUGGUGCACACGAGCGGCUAUAAAAACGGGGCUCCUUAUAAGGGCCGGAAGGUUUUGGUUGUGGGAUGUGGGAAUUCGGGUAUGGAGGUACACAUCCUACCACGCGAGAUGCUGGGAAAAUCGACUUUUGGGCUGUCCAUGUGGCUGCUCAAGUGGCUGCCCAUGCGCCUUGUGGACCGCUUGCUGUUGGUGGCUUCACGGCUGUUGCUAGGUGACACGGGCCGUUUUGGGCUGGAGAGGCCCACUUUAGGCCCACUUGAGCUAAAGAAUAUUUCUGGUAAGACACCAGUAUUGGACGUUGGAACCCUUGACAAGAUCAAAAGUGGAGACAUCAAGGUGUACCCUGGCAUCAAGAGACUAAGGCAUCAAUCAGUUGAAUUUGUGGAUGGAAGAAAAGAAAACUUUGAUGCUCUAAUCCUAGCAACUGGUUACAAAAGCAAUGUACCAUAUUGGCUAAAGGAAAGUGAGAUGUUCUCGGAGAAAGAUGGUCUGCCGAGAAGACCUUUUCCGAACGGGUGGAAAGGGCAGUGUGGAUUGUACGCAGUCGGGUUCACCAAACGAGGCCUUCUUGGGGCAUCCAUGGAUGCCAAGAACAUUGCAAAUGAUAUUGAAGGUCAAUGGAGGACAGAGGCAAAGCAAGUUUCAGCCAUCUCUUGCUCACAUUCAAUGCAAAAACAUGUACUUGAUUUCCAACCCAAUUUAUUGAGUAAUUGAGGUUGGGG